CCCAGCAGCCAAUCAGAAGGAGUUGCGCAGGAGCCUCGCGCGCCUGGGCCGUUGGAGCAGAGCGUUGGCGCGCCCGUGCCCUUCCCCCCUUUCAUCCUCCUCCUCUUUUGAAAGCGGUGCUUGGGCUCGCGGCUUCUGUCUCUCCUCCUCUGAGAGGCUGACCCCACCAUGAGCGGGGAUGGGGGCACCGGGGGAGGCCCCUCUGCCUCGAAGCAGCGGCGCUUAGACCCGGCCUGCCAGCUGGAGAAGGAAACCGAGGCUGCUCAAGCGCUGGCUGACAUGACGGCUUGGGGGGGCCUUGAAACCGCCCAGCAGCAGGGGGCGCGCGAGGAGGCGGCGGCCGCCAAGGAGAGGGGCCUGGAAACGGGCGGCCGGCAGGGGGCGUGCGACAGAGGGGCCAGUGGGGACCGCGAAACCGCUGCCGCCUCCUCUUCUUCGGGGGGCCUCGAAACCGCCGCGCGGGAAACCAGCCCUGCAGAGGAGGCCGCUGACGGCCGCGAGGGACGGAAAAAAAGGAAAGAUGCCAGAGAGAGGCGAAAGGCGACCGAGGCGGCCACAUCAGCAGCAGCAGAUGAAUGCUCCAUCAUCUCUGUGGGAGAAGAAGAAGAUGAAGAGGAUGAAGAAGGGGAAGGAGGAAGGCCUCAGCCCCCCCGCAAGACUGAGCAGUACUUGGAGGCGCUGGAGGCGGUGCAGCUGGAGCUGGAGGCCGUCAACCAGCAGGCCAGCCGCACUUUCGCCCAACUCAAGGCCAAGUUUGGCCACAUGAGGAAGCCCCACCUUGAGAAGCGGAACCGCAUCAUCCACAACAUCCCAGGCUUCUGGGUCACCGCUUUUCUCAACCAUCCCCAGCUUUCGGCCAUGAUCAAUGACCGGGAUGAGGACACCUUGAGCUACAUGACCAAUCUGCAGGUUGAAGAUUUCACCCAUGCAAAGUCAGGCUGCAAGAUCAAAUUCUACUUCAACAGCAACCCCUACUUCCAGAAUGAAGUCAUUGUGAAGGAGUUCCAGUGUGGUUCCUCUGGGAGACUGGUUUCCCAUUCUACUCCCAUCCGCUGGUGGCGUGGCCAGGACCCAUCGUCUCAUGGCCGGAAGAACUUUGAGAUGAGCCGCAGCUUCUUCAGCUGGUUCUGUGACCACAGCUUCCCAGCAGGAGACCGCAUUGCAGAGAUUAUUAAAGAGGACCUCUGGCCCAAUCCAUUGCAGUACUAUCUGAUGGGGGAAGGUGGUGAAAAUGGUGAAGAAGACAGUGAGACAGAAAAUGGUGAUGACUUUGUAGUGAUUGUGGAUGAUGAUGCUGAAGAGGAGGAAGAAGAGGAGGAGGAGGAAGAAGAAGCAGAUGUACAUGAGAUCAUGGAUGAGGAGGGUACAAAAGGUGAAGCUGUAGAAGAGGCCCCGAGUGGAGCAGAAGACGAUGGUGCUCGUCCUACAUCUUCCCUCUGUGAGGAACUAGAUGGGAAGGAUUCUGAGGUGGAAGAAGAUGGCUAGAUCAUUAUGGACGGACACAGUGUUUCCGGUUGGACUUGUCCACAGUGACCUCAGUGGCACUUUGUCUCUGACCAAUUGCACUUGGAUAUGGCAGGAUGUGGUGGUGGCGGUGCAAGAUUUUAGAAGCAGUCACAUAGGUUAUUUUGUACCUUUUUAUUUAUUGCAGCGACUGCAUUUCCCUCUCUGCCCUCUUGGGACAGGGAGUCACCACACUUCAGCACCCACCCUUUAAUUGUCUGAUGCUUAGCAUCUCUGCCUGCCUGCCUGCAUAUGGGGGCUAUAUGCAUUCAUGCCCUGUCCCCUGAUGGCUGCUCAGGGUAUUGCCUGCCCAGUGGCCUUUUCAAAUCAGCUCAGGGUUCCCUUGUUCCAUUCAGCAUUAUUAAGCUGCUGAUUUUCUGCACCUUCCCUGCACUCCUUUCUAGGAGGAUUCUACUCACUCUGUAGAUACUUCAGCUUUAGAUAGUCUGCUGGAGGCUGGUUAGUGUCUCUGCCAGUUUAAACAUAAUCACAGCCCUCCUGUCAUCUUGUUCAUAGAGUAAAGCCCAGACAUUUUGGGACUCCUCUGUUGCCAACAUUCUGCUAAUUUAAAAUGGGCUUAAAAUAGUACUUGCUGGUCCAGAUGGGGGCCUUGCACCUGUUGGCUUAGUUGAAGCAAUAAUAGCUCUCUGGUUGCACAAUAUUCUGCUUGGGGUUGUUCUGUGAGGCAGUGAGUAACUGGCUAGGAGACUGGUGAGGCGCUUUCCACAGUGUUUCACAAUGUGGUAGUGGUGGUGAUAAAUUUCUUGAAACAACAUGGCACCAGGGAUGUAUGUGCUUUCACAACCCCUUCUACUCUGUGUAUAAAUGGAUAGCAAUGUUUUUAAAGUAUCAUACCCAGUUGGACUCCUUCCUUAUCCCUUUAUCCCAUAGAGGCUGUUCUAUGCAAUGCUACUGAUAUUUGUAGAAAAGCAACUGUUUUCCUUGGCUGAGAUUUUUUGUAUAUUUCGUAUCAGGACUUUGUAUGUUUGUUUGUUUUUUUACUACAAAAAAAAAAGCACUUAAUAUACGGAGAGCUUUCCAA